UUGUGUUUAGUACGAAAAAAAGAGGGUGUGUGUUGAAUGCCCAACGUAUAACGCCAGAUGACGCGUAUUUGAUUGACAAGUUUUUUGAAUAAAAAAAGAUAAUUAUAGACUCACUUUAUGAAUAAACCCCGGGGUAAUCAAUAAAGUGCAACGAGGAAGUGGGAAAAAUGCAUGGGUGUGAGACGUCAGUGCACAACAGAGGAAGUUGAAUCACACGACACAAACAAGGACUCAUUGUUUUAUUAAUUGAAUAACUUUUGGUCCAUUUGGAUUGAUUGAGAGGAGUGAGCAUGUCGUACAGUAGUGCUAGUGUGGAGAAUUUGACGGGGGAGGCCCAGAAUGGAGGAAGCGACAGCAACAUGUGCCUGGAACUAGCCCUCGAGGGUGAGCGUCUGUGCAAAGCAGGCGACUGUAGAUCAGGUGUCGCCUUCUUCCAAGCGGCGAUCCAAGCCGGCACCGACGACUUACGAACCCUGAGUGCAAUAUACAGCCAGCUGGGGAAUGCCUACUUCUACCUCGGGGAUUACGUGCGAGCGAUGCAGUACCACAAGCACGACUUGACCCUGGCCCGAUCGAUGGGGGACAAACUGGGUGAAGCCAAGUCCAGUGGGAACCUGGGGAACACCCUCAAGGUAAUGGGCAAGUUCGACGAGGCGAUGAUCUGCUGCAAGCGACACCUCGAGAUAUCGCGAGAGAUCGGGGACAAGUUGAGCGAGGGGAGGGCCCUCUACAACCUUGGAAACGUCUACCACGCGAAGGGAAAGCAGGGGGGUCGGGGCCCCCACGAUCCUGGGAAGUUCUCGGAGGACAUCAGACAGUGCCUCCAGCAGGCGGUGGGGUACUACGAGGAGAAUCUGGCGCUCAUGAAGGAACUGGGGGAUUCGGCAGCUCAGGGGAGGGCCUGUGGGAAUCUGGGGAACACUUUUUAUCUACUGGGGGAGUUCCAAAAGGCCAUUUUCUAUCACAAUGAACGGUUGAAAAUAGCCCGAGAGUUCGGUGACAAAGCAGCGGAGAGGAGAGCCAACAGCAAUCUCGGUAAUUCCCACAUUUUCCUGGGGGAGUUUGAGAAAGCUGCUCAGCAUUACAAGAGAACCCUCGUCCUUGCUCAGGAGCUUGGAGAUCGUGCUGUGGAGGCACAGGCGUGCUACUCGUUGGGUAAUACCUACACACUUCUGCGGGACUAUUCCUCGGCGAUUGAGUACCAUCUGCGUCACUUGGUCAUUGCCCAGCAAUUGAUGGAUCGCGUGGGCGAGGGACGUGCCUGCUGGUCCCUCGGUAAUGCCUAUUCAGCGAUGGGUAAUCAUGAGAAGGCACUUCAUUUUGCCACUCUUCAUCUCGAUAUCUCCAAGGAACUCGGGGAUCCGAUGGGACAGGCAACUGCGCAGAUUAAUGUUGCGGAUCUGCAGAAGAUACUGGGGAUGGAGAACAAUGAGAAGGAGAAUGACAAGGGGAAUAAUAAUCCCAAUUCUGGGAACAGUGUGGCUGCCUCGUCACCUGGGAGGUAUCGACUCAGGAGACAGAGCAUGGAUAAUUUGGAUCUCAUCAAGUUGACUCCGGAUGGGAAGCAGAAGGAUAUUGAGCCACCACUAGCUCGAGCUGGCAUCGCCCCCCAGCCCUCGCAAGAAGAGGAGGAGGAGGAAUUCUUCGAACUCCUCACAAGGUUCCAGUCUGGGAGAAUGGAUGAUCAACGCUGUGUCCUCAAGACUACCAAGAAGAUGAGGACAAAGGCACCUCCACCAGACAAAGAGAAAGACGGUGACGACCUAUUGGAGUUAAUCGCUGGAAUGCAGAGCAAACGAAUGGACGAGCAGAGAGUGACCCUCCCCUAUCUCCCAGGUUUAAACACAAACCCAAAGACCCAAGCGGCCAUGAAGACCCCAAUGCGAAAUCCUCAGGACGCUGACGAUUCGUUCAUCGACAUGCUCCUGCGUUGCCAGAGCUCGAGGCUGGAGGACCAGAGGAGCCCAUUGCCAGCAGCAUCGACAGUUCAGGACACCGAGGAGGAGCAGAACCAAAGAGCAAAUGGUGCCACUCGGUCAGGCACAACUGUCCCUGAGGAGGACCUCUUCUCUCUCAUCCAGCGGCUACAAGCUGGUCGCAUGGAGGACCAGAGGGCCUCGGGACCCAGCAAAAAUCACUGAAUUCGUCUGCAAUAAUUUCACUCGUUUAUUUAUGAUUAGGGUCUUAAAUUUAAAAGUGCCAAUCUUAUUUCAUCUUUCAUGGUUGAGAGUGAUGGACUAGCCCUGAAGGGGAAUAGAUUAGGGAGUAGCAGGACAUGUAUGACAAAUUUUACGAGAAAAACUUUUUUUUCUGGAGAAUUUUAAGAAAUUUUUAUGAGAACUACUUUAGGGAAAAUUUUUAAAAAAUUUUGUUUUUUUUGUGUCGUUUUUUGCGAAGGAACAGCUGGACGUAUUUUUCAUAUAUAUAAUUCAUUAGAAAAUUAUUUCAAAACUGUGAAAAAUAUUGAAAUUCUUUGAGGACAAACUCAGAGGAGUUUAGAAGAAUGAGUCAUAUACACAAAUUAAGAUCCAUUCACUUUUUUUAAGUGAAAAAUUUAAUAGAAAAACAUUUUUUCUACGAAAUUUGGCAAAAAUUCUGUACGAAUUAGAGUGUUUUUUCUCUGUUUCUCCAUAUAAAUUUAGGAUGAUUUAAAUAAAAGAUGAUUUAAAUGUAUAAAAAUUCUUAGAGUACAAAUACAGGAAUUUAGAAGAAUGAGUUAUAUAUCAAAAUUAAAAUCCAUUGACUUUUUUCCUUCCAAAAAUAUUUAUUCAAAAAUGAAUGGGUCAAGUGAAUAAUUUUCAAUGAAAAUCAGCGCAAAAAAAUACUAAAUUUUUAAUAAAAUUUCAAUAGAAUUCGAGUUCCCAUGGAAAAAACUUCGUGCAGUGAAAAAUUUAAUAGAAAAACGUUUAUUCUACGAAAUUUUGUCGAAUUGCUAUGAAAUUUCGGUAGAGUUCUGUUAAGAAAUGCUGUUGGGUUUUAACAUCCAUUUUUUGCUAGAUAUUUGAUGGAAAAAAUUCAUAAAUCUUGAUAUUUCUAGAAGAAUUAUACUGUACUUUCAUUGUUUCUCAUUACAAAAUUCGAAAAAGUGAAUGGAAACUUGGAAAAAUCUUGAAGGAAAAAUUACCCUUUGUUGAUUUUUUUCUGUCCAAAAAUAUUCAUUGAAAAAUGUAUGCCUCAAUUGCACAGUUUCCAAUGAAAAUGGAAAUCACCACAAAAAACAAAUAGAAUUUUUAAUAUUUAAUAGAAUUCUUAUUGAGUUCCAAUAGAGAAGCUCUGCGUUUUCCAAUUAAAUUUUUUCUUACGUGUGAGUUCUUUCUAAUUCUUUCGUGCAACUGCCAACUACCCCAGAUGGAUUUUCAGAAUAAAAAAUAAUUAAUUUCUCGAAAUUCAUUAUGUCACAAUUUCAUGCAUGACAACAUUAAAUCGAAAAUUAUAGCUUUUGCUAUGCAGUUCUAUCCGAUUCUGUUGGUUUCAUGGACUAGAAAUAUUCAAUAGGAGAUAAAUCGAGUGACUUUUCAUCAGAUUUUUCUCUGUCGAUUAUUUUACGCGAGAUAUUCUCCAAUGAGGAUUUUCUACUGAUUAAUUUCGUCUGUGAAAUCACAAACGCAGUAUUCUGAAAGACUUGAGAACUGAUUAGACUUAUUUUCACUCCCUCCUAGGAUGCAUUAUUUUCCAAUGGAUGCGAGAGCGCAAGAUGUAUUUCUAUCGAAUGAAGAGUAAAGACAGGUCAUUGAUGGAAAACGCGCAAUUCCAUCCAUUUCUAUCUCAAAUAUCACAGCAAUUAAGGAGGAAAAUAAUGAGAGGAGGCAUAUUAAUCGUGCCACCAGAAAUUAUGAAGAUAUUGGAAUGAAUAUUACUAGAUUCUUAUUGUUAGAGAGAAUUUACAUAUUUAUUAUUGAAAAUUGUGGAUACUCUACUCUUGUAAUUGCCCACAUUUCCUCUGAUGUUCGAAAUAUGUUCUCCUUGCCAAAUGGAUUUUUUACUGCAUUAAAUGAUCUGAAAUGUUCUCCAUUUGCCGCUCAGUUUAACAUAGCCCUGCAGAAGCGAUGGAUAAAUUUCAUGAAUGUUUUAUUUUACAUUUGACAGUGAUUUGCAAAAAAAUUUGAGGGCAAAACCUGUCAAUUUUAUUGAACUUUUAUUAAAAAAUUCGUUGCGGUUUCGUCGAUUCUAUUGAACAAUUUGGCAGCUUUCCCACGAUUUUUGCAGAUAGAAAUGUUUAACAGAAAAUAUUUUAUAGAGGUAAUCAAUCGAUUUUGAUGUUUUUAUACAAUUUAUUCUGUUGUGAUUUUUUCUGUGAAAAUUAAUGUGGGGAAUUUUGUAUAGAAAACAUCUGAAUGGGCUGUCUCUAUAAAAUACUUCUUAUUAAAUAUUUUUUAAAGAAAAAUUGUCGAGAAAUUGAAUACUUUUUUGGACAAAACGACGAAAAACUAAUGGAAUUUUCAAUAGAAAUCCAAUUAAAAAAUUUUCGAUGAAAUUUUCUCCUCCCUUCUGCUAACUUUAAUUAUUAAAAUUCCUACGAAUGUUUAUUUACCGCUAGAAAUGAUAUAUUUUCGCAUAAAUUUAGAUAAUAUUUUUUUAGAAGACUUUACAUAACUACAGGAACAGUAUCAAUCAUUUACAAUUAUUUUAUAUUAUUGAGUUGUAAGCGUCAUUAAAUUGACGCUAUGUAAAAGCGACCUAUUUCCUAGAAAAAAAAAAUAUACUUUUUUCUUAAAUAAA